CGUGCAAUGAUGAAUACGCAGAUUGAAGAGAGCGAGAGCCGAGUCCAAGAUAUGAACUACGAAGUCCAGAAUAAUCAUGUGCACGAAGAACAAUCUGACUGCGGACCAACUGAAACUCAGUAUUCGUUGCUGUACAACGAAAGCGAAAAUAUGUAUGAACGAGCCAAAAAUCUUCGCGAGCAACUUCUCAUCGUCAAAGAAGGACAUCAGAAACAGAUCAAGCAAACAGAAAACGAAGAAUAUCUUGCUCAGCAACAGUUUUGCUCAGAAAUGGUUGUGCUUCAGAACAAACUAUCGCUACUUCGACAUGAAUACGAAACGCAGCGCAUCGAAUUUGAGCAGAAUAUGGCCAUGAACGAGAACUCGAAUCCGGUCUGUAAGGAAACUCGACAGCUGGUGGCAGGUUAUAAGGUUCAAAAUGAGCAACUGAAGGCAGAAGUGUCCAGACUGAAGCGCAAAUGGAAGGACGCCGUCUCAGUCGUUAGCGAAAUUCCAAAUGGGCUGAAACAACUAAGAACAGCGAAGGACGGCGCCAUCAUUGUUCUUCUUGUGCCAAGUAGAGCCGAUGAACACGGAAAAAAGCCUUUGUCAAAGGAAGAAAAACAUUUUGGCCAGUUGAACGAAUCGAUGCAUACCAAAGAGUGCCGUAUUACCGAACUAAAGAAAAGGGUCAAAAUGUUACAGGAGAAAUAUAGAGUUUCCCAGAUGACCACCGAUAGCUUUCAGAGCGCGAGAAGUUACGAAAAAGAGAUGAUUGAGAUCCGUAAAGUUAUCGAGUUUGAAAACCAUCGAUUGAUUUGCCACAUCAAAAAUGUGUAUCGAAAGCACGCAAACGAAGCCAAUAAGCACGCCAAAAAACUCGAGAAACUACUGAAACGCUUGAAAAGCGAUGCAACGAUCAGAGAACAGGAAAGGGAAAAAUCGUUGAAUGAAGUUUCGGUAACUGGACAGACAUUUGAAGAAAUACAAAAGCAAAACCGUCGUCUGAAACGACAGCUCAGUGAGAAGGACGCUGCCAACUGUAAGCUGAUGUCUGAACGUGUACGAUCUAAUCAACAGCAAAUGUUACUUCAAGAAAAAAUAAGUGCAAAGGAAAAGGAGAAGGCUGCCCUAGAUAGUCAGUACGCAGCGGAAACUCUUCUGAUGCGUCAUCUCGAAAUGCAGGGUCGUUCAAUGGAAGAUCUGUGUUCAAGCUCAGAGAAGGAAUUGUCUCUCAGUUAUAAGGCUUUAGAAGAAGGUAGAAAGAAAUCAAUGGAACUGGCUCAGUUGGUAGUCGAUUUAAAAUUUCAAGUCGAGAAACUGAACUGUAAAAUUGUUGACGCCAAGCAGAAGCUUCGGAUCAAGACGGCGGCGUUGGAAGAAGAAGCGUUCAAGACUCAUCGAGUGGAAAAUGAAAUAUCGGUUCUACGGAGGAAGCUAGAGGGAAUGAGAGAAACGGAAAUGAAAGAGAUCACCGAUGAGUUCCUUGUCGAAAAAGUACGUUCCCUAAAAAAGAUGCUAGAGUGUCCAGGCUGCAAAGUGCGACGCAAAGAUAGCGUACUCGUCACAUGUUUUCAUAUUUUUUGCCAUUCGUGUCUUAAAGUCCGCUCCAAAGGGCGGCAUCAAAAAUGUCUUACUUGUGGCCGCCCCUAUGAAGCAAAAGAUGUUAAACGUAUAUGUCUAUGUUAG